AUGGUUCAGAACAAACCCGAGUGGGAAGUCAAAGUGACUGACACAAAUUCAUGCGAGUUUAUGAACAUAAAGUUGUCAUGCACUGGUUUCAAAUCGGUCACAACCAUCGAAAGCUCGGUUUUGUCGAAAGCUGAUAAUGGGUGUCUCCUCAACAACGGCCAUGGACUCUUUUAUCAAGGAUCCUUCGCUUUCAAAUACGUAUGGGACACUCGUUACGACUUCAAGAUCAUUGACGCCACAAUCGCUUGCUCUUGA